AUGGGGCCUUGGGUGGGCUCAGUCUCUGGAGCUGGCUGCGGGGAACUCGAGUCCCGGAGUCCGGAGACCAAGGAGACACCCUUGGGUCAGACCUACUACAGGCAGGUGCUAAAGAAAUCCGCAGACCUCCAGCCCAAGGCCUGUGUCACUGCAGCCAGAUGGGUCCCCAAGCACAUCUGGACAGCCCUGCAGAAUGUACAUGAGGAAGUAGCCCUGUAUUAUGGCUGUGUUCUGGUCAUCCAUCAAAACUGAUGGAUUUUGGACCUGGCUAGUGAAAGUGGCAGAGAUUUGCUAUGUGCUUAAAUGAUUUAUGAGAAAGGACAUGUUACUGGAAUUGACAUGAGAGAAGAUCAGGUAGAAGUGGCGAAAAAGUAUAUUGAAUAUCACUUGGAAAAAUAUGGCUUCCAGGCACCCAAGCAUGAUGGGAAGCUAUAUUUCAGUGACAUCUCUGAUAGCCUUGAAUUGCCAGGAGAAAGCAGGACACACAGUUUUCUGGGGAUCACAUCACAGAGCCAUUCGAGCUUGCAGAAAAGUCUGACAAUGCAAAGCCCGAUUGUUCCCCUGAUGAGGCUGCUGAGGCACAAAGAAAAGCUCCUGCGAAGACGUUGGCUGGACGCUGAGGAAUGAAUUGAAAAAGUGAUCCCUAGAAGAAAAUGUUGCCUUUGUCCUCCGUUCAUCCAGAUGGAUAGAUUGGAAGCCCCUGGAAGUCACCAUAAACCUGCAGCAGCAGCCCCUCACUAAAGAAAGGGUAACUCUUUCAGCUAAAAAGCCUCCAAACUUGAAGGCAGAUCCCCUUUGCUAAGGAAAAAUUACUUGGCUGUACAUGACCAAUAUGAUCCCCCUACCCAGUAUAAACAUUACUCAGCAAUCCCCUA